AUGUACAGUAUUGAAAUUUUGAAUUUUAUCUCAAGCAAUGCCAUCCCACAUUUGCUGGCCCUGAUUUCGUCAACCAUACCACACCAAGACAGCGAGAUUCUGUUGGACACCUGCUGGGCCCUGUCCUACCUCACCGAUGGCAGCAACGAGCGCAUCAGCCAAGUAGUCAACUCCGGGGUCCUGCCCAGGCUGGUAGAGCUCAUGACCAGCUCUGAACUCAGUGUCUUGACCCCCUCUCUCCGCACCGUGGGGAACAUCCUCACGGGAACAGAUCAGCAGACCCAGAUGGCCAUCGACGCGGGCAUGCUGAAGGUGCUACCCCAGCUCCUGAAGCAUGCCAGGCCCGCCAUCCAGAAGGAGGCGGCCUGGGCCCUGAGCAACGUGGCUGCGAGGCCGCGCCAGCACAUCCAGCAGCUGAUUGCUCACGACAUCCUACCUCCCUUGGUAGCUCUACUGAAAAAUGGAGAAUUUAAAGUCCAGAAAGAGGCUGUCUGGACGGUGGCUAACUUCACAAUUGGGGCCAACUUGGAUCAGCUGAUCCAGCUUGUCCACUCUGGAGUCUUGGAACCACUGGUGAAUCUGCUCACUGUCCCAGAUGUUAAAAUCGUUCUCAUCAUCCUCGACGUCUUCGCUUACAUUCUCCAGAAAUGGGAGGACGACCACAUAGUUUUCAAUCAAUUUGGGAAAAGUGAAACUGCAGCUGCCCCUGCUGGAAUGGCAGCAGAGAAACUAUCUGAGAAGGAAAACCUGUGUCUUCUGAUAGAAGAACUCGUGGGACCAACUGCUGGACCAAGAUAA